AUGCCUCAAGCCUUUGACAAGUGCAAGGAGCGGCCGGCGCACAUUGAGGAAAUCCUCAACGGCCUCAAUCGCUACAAUCCCGAGACGACGACCACAUUUCAAGAAUAUGUCAACCAACAAUGCGAGGAGAAGUACUUUGACACUUAUGCCUCUCUGGCGCUACUGAAAUUGUAUCAGUUCAACCCACAAUUGCUACACCCAGAAACAGUCACGAACAUCCUCGUCAAAGCCCUGACUGUCUUUCCUUCGCCCGCCUUCUCUCUAUGUCUAGCCCUCCUUCCCCCGUCGACGAUCCCUUACCAGCCUGGAAACACUUCUGUUCCCACCACAGACUUUACCGAAUCGAUACAAAAGCUGACACGGCUGAACACGCUGCUCGAAUCGGCGCAGUAUGAUGCUUUCUGGUCCACGUUGGAAUCUGAUGAUCUGUACGCCGAUUUGUAUGCGGAUGUAGCAGGAUUCGAAGAUCUGGUGAGAAUACGGAUCGCAGGCGAGGUUGGAAAGACAUUCCGACAGAUCGACUUGGGUGUUCUUAGUGGAUGGCUCGAUCUACGGGGGGACCCCUUGAUCAAAUUUGCUCAGUCUGCUUGUGGCUGGAGAAUCAAUGGACAACAAGUCGAGAUUCCAGCGAAUGCGGAAAAUGAGGCCAAGAGUGAGGUGAAGGGCGAAAGAGUGGACGUGGAGAUGUUCGGCCGAGUGUUUCGACGAGCGUACGAAGCACCUGCAUGA